AUGGAGUUUGUGAAAAAUGUUAUGAAUGCUAUGAAACAAAAUUACGCCAUUAUCAGCGAACAAUUAAUUGAAAACCAAAAUACCAAAACAGCUCACCUCGUUGCAAGAACACAAGAAUACAAAAAUGUCAUCAAAUCAUUGAAGGCAAAAAUCUCUCGACGAGAUACUACAAUUAAGAAUUUCGAAUUAAUUGAAGAAAAAGAUCAAAAACAUUAUUUGGUAGAACUUCUCUCGAUUGCGCUAGAAGAAGGAAAGUUACAUGAAACCCAGUUCUUUUAUCAAUUAUUAGAAAAUACUUUGCAAAAUUUGGUUUCGUCGAAAAAUGUUAACGGUUUUCGAUACAAAGAGUGUAUCAUUCAUUGGUGUUUAUUACUUCGAUUUUAUGGUGGUUCUCGUUUGUGGAAUAUUUUGAAAGGAAAUUCUCCCGGUGAAACUAUAACAUCUGAAAACGCAUUAGAUAAGCUUAAUCUAUUACUUCCAUCUAUCUCAACAAUUAAGAGCUAUCUUCCAGACUUGUCUUUUGGUAACCUUGUCGACAGUGAUUUGAAAGAUAUUGUUAAAGCCAUGGCAUUGAAUAAUAUUAGUAAUAAGAUCAUAAUUUCAUAUGAUGAAAUAGAGAUUAGAGGAGGAUUAUGUGUGAUGAAAAGUACUGGAAAAGUAAUUGGAUUCACAAAUUGCAGUGAAAAGUCUUUUGAAGAUAUAUAUAACACAAAAAGAGAAAUUACACCAGACGAUAUUGCUAGUCAUGUGUGCCAGUUUUUUGCAACAACUAUUGACGGUGAGAUGUCUUUUCCUAUUUGUUUUGGUGGUCACAAAUCAAACCAUUAUGAAUUUAUUACAAAGAAAAUGACAGAAAUUAGAGAUCAAUUCAAACGAACUUCUUAUGGAGAUUAUGUUUUAGAAGUGGUUGGAGGUUGUAGUGAUGGAUUAGCUGGUAAUUAUCAAUAUGCAACCUCUCAUACUAAUGAAAAUUAUGUUCACCUUUUUGAUUGGUCUCAUUUGCUCAAACGGUUGAGAAAUUGUUUAUUGAAAGGGGAUGAUUUGAUUAUUGAAAAAGAGAGUUUUUCUAUGAAUACAUUAUUGAAGGUUAGAAAUGAACCCCAAUUGCGAGACUGGGUAUCGGAAAAUAUAAUUUACCCAGUCGACAUUAUGAAAAUGGAACCUGUUUUUGCAUUGAUAGAUUCUAAUGUUAUUAGUGGAAUUGAACAAAGCAAGCAAAUAGGAUGUUGUGCAUUAGCAAAAUAUUUAACGUUAAUGCAACAAAUACAUCAAAUUUUUGACGAUGAACGAUGUUCAAACUGGAAUGAGAAAAAACAAUUAAUUGAAUCUGUACUGACAACACUUAAGGAAUGGAAAGAUGCAAAUUCUAACAUCAUUAGUGACGAAUUGUAUUCUCAUAUUGUGAUGACUAUGACUUCACUUCGUUCUCUUUUUGAAAAAUAUGGAAACCAUACUCAAAUUAAGGCUUGUGGAAUUUCGACAUUAAUUUGUUAUGGAAAUUGUAACGUAAGCUUAGACUAUUCUGAAUUACAUCGAAAACACUAUGUAAAGAAACACAUUCUUCAAGAAGACGAUGAGGACACUUUGUUAGAGAAAGAUCAAACUAUUUCUGAAGAGAUGUAUGAAUAUGUGCUCGAUGUCACUCAAGAUUUUCUUCCACAGAAAAAUGUAAUGCUGAUACGAGAGUAUUUAUGUAAACAAGCACCAGUCGCGGAUGAUGGAACUAUUAUGAACAAUAUUUUUCUCAGCUGCCCUGAAUGUAAUCAAAUAAUGGUCCGACAACGAUCAUUCAUUAAGCACUUACAAUGUCACAAUUAUUCACCUCAGCAAUGCAAAGAUACACUGUACAACACAAUUAUUACUUCACUCAAAUCUCGCCAAUUUGGCCAACAUGUUGAGGGUAUUGUUGAGGAAAUAGCAACCAAAUUGGUAACCAAUACCUUUAAGCAAAUUCGAAUUCGAACAGAACCUGAAUUACCAAAAGAAUCAGUUAUUACAUUUAAUUCAGAAAAAGGAUUAUUUGUUCCAUCUAACGAGAAGCAAUCACAAGCAGAAAAUAUUUCAACAUCAAAUAUCGCCACCAUCGACUCUAUUUCAGAAGAUUCAACUCAAAUGUCAGAAACUUCACCUCAAAACAAAUAUGUAUUUUUUGAUUUUGAAACGACUGGAUUAUGGAAGAAUGAUGAUCCACCAAAAAUUACGGAAUAUUGUUUUGUGGACGUUUUGACUGGAGCUGUUUUGUAUGGCUUAGUUAAUCCUGGAAAAGUGUUUUCUAACCAAGCACAAUCAAUUACAGGACUUAACUUGAAUAGUUUAAGAUCAAAAUUGCCUAUUGAAGGGCAUGUGAAUGAUAUUAUCCAAUUUUUAAACAAUAACUCUCAAGGAAAAACUUACUUAAUAGCUCAUAAUGGAGACCGUUUGGAUUUUAAAGUUUUUGCCAAAGAAUUUUUCGGAAAGUUUUCUGAAUUUAAUCAUGACAAUAUUGUCUUUGUUGAUUCUCUCCGAUUAAUGAAAUCAGAAUCGACUUUACACAAUUGUCUUCCUCGGAAAAUGACAAAGAAAGGGAAAUCUAAACCAGUUUUUGCUGAGGAUGUAUUAAUUGAACACUUUAAUUUAGGAAAUGUCAACAAUUCACAUUGUGCAUUUUAUGAUGUUAUUGGAUUGCUUAAUAUUUUGAUCAAGUUUUAUGGUAAUCUCGACGAUGCAUUGAAAGCUAUCGAGUGCUUCAAUACCAACCAACUUAAAAGGAAAAAAGAGAAAAUUAAUGACAAUAAUGAUGAUGAACACAAAGCAAAGAAGAAAGUUGAAUGUAGAUGUAAAAAAGGAAAUAGUUUGAAUUGUAAUUGUGCCAAGCUUGGAAGAAUAUGUGAUGCAACUUACUAA